ACCACACAGCGCACGCCUGCAUUUAAUAGCGUCUCCGCUUCGCCCAAACGCACACCAGGCCACGCCCACCCGAAAUUGUGCGGCUGCGCAACUGCCCCUCCUUUUGCUGUUCUCCUCUGCAUAGCAUCAUGGCGGACGCGUCUCACAGCACGAGCGCUGAUGGCGGCACCCUGCGCGAACGGCCCUCGGCCAGACCGCUGCACCUGCACAACUCUGACGACGCAAGGCAAAAGGUGCUGGACCUGAAUGAACAAGAGGCUAAGGACCAGAAACAUGGCCCGAAGCGCACCUACGGCAGGACGCCAGACGGCACCGUCUUCAUUGUGCCGCAAACCCACGACAUGGUAUCGCAGCUUCUUUCGCCCUCGCAACCAAAGAACCUGUCUGACCUUGUCGUCCUCGCUGUCCUCGCUGGUCUGAUUUUCCUGCUGUACGCACUGCCCAGAAGCGCCCGCAAGCCUGUCUUCGCCGUCAUCUUUCUAUUCUGGCGUGCGGCCUACAAUGUAGGCAUUGGCUGGCUCCUGCACAUGCAGUCCAAUCACAACCGUCUGGUCCUCUGGGCGAAGAACUCGCACCUCUUCGAGAAUCCAGACCUAGGCGCAAACAAGCACCGCACGCUAUACAAGCUGCUCAAGCGCGAAAUGGAGACCAAGAUCCCCCAGGACUACAAGUUCGAAGAAGCCCCGCUCGAAUACAAUACGUGGCUGCUCUUCAGACGGGUCGUAGACCUCAUCCUCAUGUGUGACUUCGUCUCGUACUGCCUCUUCGCCAUAGCCUGCUUCAACCGCCCAGACGAGAGCUGGGGCUUGUGGCUGCUGCGAUGGGCCACUGGCAUCCUACUUUUCCUCUUCAACCUGUGGGUCAAACUCGACGCCCAUAGGGUGGUGAAAGACUUCGCAUGGUACUGGGGGGAUUUCUUCUACCUUAUUGACCAGCAACUUACCUUUGACGGAGUCUUCGAGAUGGCUCCGCAUCCUAUGUAUUCAGUGGGAUACGCAGGAUACUACGGUAUAUCUAUGAUGGCCUCGAGUUACGCUGUCCUGUGCAUCUCCGUAGUCGCACACGCCGCGCAAUUUGCCUUCUUGACUUUCGUGGAAAAUCCACACAUCGACAAGACGUACAACACGCCACCGCCCAGAAAGCGCCAACAGUCCCAAAGCAUCCACCGAGACGAACGUCCGAUGUCUGGUCACUCCGACGCCACAUUCCUCGAUGGAACCCCCCUCAAUGAGUCUGACGGGCAGCCCUCGCAGAUUCACAACAUCGUAGGUCCACUAAACACCGAUUUCCAUCGCUCAUUAGAUACAAGCGCAGUCUUGUUCACCCUGUACAUGUUUUGCUUUGCAACUAUGACACCGAAUACGUGGCCGGUGCGCACCUUUUUCCUCGUAAAUGCUUUCAUUUGGAGGCUUUGGUACGCGCUCGGGCUUGGUUACAUUCUAGAUCGACAGUCUAAAAAGAAGAAUUGGACGCGCCAUUUCAUCAAGUAUGGAGACAGCAAAGAAGAAGCGUGGCGGCAAUGGAAGUACCUGUACCACCUUAGCAUGACUUUAAGUCACGUCAGCUUCGCCGCUGCGGCUUGGAAGAUGUACACCCUUCCGUCAGACUGGACGUAUGGAUGGACCCUACUUCGACAUGUCCUCGGGGUCAGCCUCGUCGCCCUGCAGGUUUGGGUCGCCUCCAGCAUCUACGAAUCACUGGGAGAGUUCGGUUGGUUUUGCGGAGACUUCUUCUUCGACCCACCCUCAAAGAACCUUACAUACUCCGGCAUUUACCGCUUCCUGAAUAACCCUGAACGAGUCCUCGGUCUCGCUGGCGUUUGGGGUGUUGCGCUGAUCACAUGGAGUCUGCCCAUGUUCUACCUCGCUGGAACUGCGCACAUUCUGAACCUCGUCUUCUUACAAUUUGUGGAGCGUCCGCACAUGCAAAAGCUCUACGGCGAGAAACUGCGCCUUACUUCGGGCGUAAGCAAGACCCUCAGGCAGGCUCUCCCCAGUCCCGUUCGCAACUGGCAGUCAGCGGCAGACGAAUACCUCAACUCGACCGUGGAAUUCAUCGAAGAGGUCAUCGAAAGCGCCAGACCCAAGCUCGCUGCAGGUGUUGAUACCUUCUUCAAGGAUAGUACUGCGCUAUUCAAAUCCUACCCGGCACGCAUAUCCAUCACCCGCCUAGCUCCCGAACUAGCCGGAGUAGACCCAACACAGUAUAAGCUCGAGAUUGAGGGCUCGCGCCUGUCGCCUUACAUGGAAUUCCAAAAGGGCCACGCGCGGGAAGGCUCAAUGGCACGUACACCCGCCGAGCGGACCAGCGAUUUCGACAAGCUCAUGCUGGAAUACGGUGCCCCCAUCAAGGUCCGCUGGCAGGCUCCUCUCAAUCAUAGCAACAAGGACUGGAUCGGCCUUUACAUGGUCGCCGACAAUGCGUCGCGCGAGGUCACCCGCAUCGGUAGCAACGGGCGCUGGAUUGCAACCAAUAAAGGUGUCCACGACACCUCCCGCGCCGAAGAAGGCAUCCUCGUGUCCGACAAGAUCAUGCCCGCCUCCGCCCGCAAAGAUGCAGAGGUAGACUGCUACACGGGCGAAGUCGAAUUCCGCGGCGACAAGCUCUGGUGGACUACCGGCGUGUUCGAGUUUCGAUACCACCACAACGGCAAACACAAUGUCCUCGCCAUCUCACAAGCCUUCGAGACACGCAUCCCGCGCUUCGACGAGGAAGACGUUGAGCUUGAUGUCAACGGGACAAUUCGCGAGCCCGUGGAGCGCGCGCUGCUGCCGGUUGUGCAGAACUGCUUUGACAGAGAUCCAGAGAUUGCGCCGAGCACGGCGGAUGAGCCGUUUGGCAGCUUGGUCGAGCGGGAUGGGAAGUAUUCCCGCAGAGUCGUGUUCGCGGUGCAUCAAAUGUUCGGCAUCGAGUUCGCACCCGAAGUCGUCCAGGCCGAUGGUACGGUGCGCAACCUCGCAUGGCGCAUUUGCAAUGCAAAGAAAGUCCUGGCGCCAUAUAGCAUGUCCCGCACAGGAAGCAACACGCCUGAGCUGCGGUAGCUCCAAUUCAGUUCUCCAAAGCCCGUUCCCGUCUCAAUCUAGCCUUUGUUUGUCCCGCCUCUACCACGCACUGACCCACCACGCACGCUUUGUCCCGCCACCCCAGCCGCUCGGCGGUACUAGUGGUCUUCUAAAACAAGCCGCGACGCCAAUGUACCGUGCACGUGGGAAUGUGGAGAGGCUGGCUGUGUGGGCAUUGAGAGCUGGCGCGGCGGACGGGUGUGGUGGAAGGGGUCAUUGGUUUCCUUUUUGGUUUUUUCGGGAGGGCGGGCAGCGAGCGGAUAGAAUAUUGGGAUUGCUUGUGAAGCGUUGUAGUGCAUUGAGCGGAUUGGGCGGUCGGAGGGGCAGGAGGAAAGCAAGGUAUGGAAAAGCCAGGUAGCGAGGUGCAGAUACGUACACAUAUA